AUGACAGUGCUUAAAGACGCGCUUUCGCGAUCCGAUACAUUUUUGCGACCCCGGUCGGAAUAUAUUUCGAGUCCCGGCGUGCAAUCCGACGAUUCUACACCUUCAACGCCAGAUAAAGAUCACGAACGAAAACCACGAACUGUGCGAAAACCAUCGCCUGGUCUUGCUGCUCGACUUGCAGCAUUAGGUUUCGGAAAAGAUCCCGAUCCAAAUUCAGCAACGACAACGUCACCAGUUGACCGAAUUGGCCGCAUUCCUGAAGAUCAAAUUCGCCAGCUCGAUCACCUCCACCGCGCUAAUUCUACGAGUUCGCAUAUUCACCGACGAGGUCGAGCCUGGAGUGGCAGCAUUGGUCUCUUGACUCCUCAAGUAACUGGAGGCAGCUUUAAAGAGACCAACCUUCGAGAGAUCAGCAUUAGUGACACGCGAGUACUUGACAGUGCCACGCAUUCAACACCUUCGCUUGAUAACUUUGGUAAUCAGGACAUGACAACAAAUGUUGACCUUAUAGGAAUGGAUUCGCAGAAGUAUCGGUUACCAGAACAUACAAAUGGAAAUGGCACGAAAACAAUGGCAGAUAUAAAGCAGGCGCACAUCGAACGAACGAUACCUCCUGUAGAAGAGAUUGAAAUACCUCCACCUCCUAUCCGCAAAGACGAAAUACCUCCACCUCCUAUCCGCAAAGACGAAACACCUCCAUCUCCUAUCCGCAAAGACGAAACACCUCCACCUCCUAUCCACGAAGACGAGACACCUCCACCCCCCAUAGCUAAAGAUACUCCGCCAACUGCGACAACACCCAGCGAAUCUUCAAAUGACGUUUCAUCCUACUUCAAUCCCUUUGGUCAUCAACGGGCAGGCUCAAUUUACACGUUAUCGCGAGCGUCUUUUGCAAGUCAACUUGCUCAAUUGACGUCUUUGCAACUACCAGAUGCAGCCUCGUUGUCCACGAAAAUAUCCGCAAUUCCCAGCUCAAAAUCUGCCUCGAAGGCAUUAAUGGGAGCCGCAGAACAAAUUAGAAGUUGGAUAUCAAAAGCAUCAGAUGUUGUCUCUGGCCUAGAUGGAGAGGAUGAUGUGGAAUGGGCAGCAGCUGGCGGUAGAGAAGGGUUAGAGGAAGUGGAUAAUGCGAUUACACGCUUCGAAAAAUUAAUUAAUGUUUACGUGUCAGCCAUCGAGUCUUUACAAGAACGCCCGGAUAUUGCUACGGUUCCUGCAGAGGAACUUCAAAAGGUCGUACUACAGGUAGAGAGCAUCCUUGAGGAAUGGGAAAAGAUAAGGAGAAAUCUCAAGGGUGUGAAAAACUCGGUUGAGAUUGCUAUGGAAUGGGAGGAAUUAUGGAAUACAGUUUUGGGAGAUAUAGGCAAUGAAGUGGAUAUUCUGGCGCGACUCGUUUUUGAAAUGGAGGAGAAGCGGCACAAGUCCUUGGCAGAAGCCGACAACGACGGAGUUGAUAUCAAGGAGCUCGAGACAAUUGUAGAAGAAACGCCCUCAUCUAAGUCGAGGUUACAGGCCAACAGUCGAUUUGGUAUGACAUCUUCAGCAGCCUUUCCUCUGAGCCCUAACUCGCCAGUUACACCGAUAAUGGCGCAAGACGAUUCAAGUCUCUUAGCAUUAUUUGCAAGAAUGCAGCCCCUGAGAGCUUCUUUGGACUUCUUACCUAUGAGAUUAUCUACGUUUCAUGCUAGAGCCGAAGCGAUAUUUCCCACGGCCUGCGACGAGCUGGAAAGUCGACGAGGUGGUUUGGAGAAAAGUUGGAACUCUCUCGAGAAAGAUGCUGAAUCAUUACGAAGGGAACUUGGCGAAGAUCGUUGGGUUCUCGUCUUCCGCGGUGCGGGUCGACAAGCACAGAAAAUGUAUGAAUCUGUCGAAAGAAGCUGUGCCAAGUUGAAGGAGUCUCUUGAUACUGGGGUCCAUCUAAACAACCCUGCUACCAUGGGCAAGAAGAUCGAAAGUUACGAAGCGAAGAAGAUGCACUACGGUCCAGCCAUCGAAAGAGUUCUAUCAAUCAUCGAGAAAGGAGUAAAGGAUCGCCUCACAGUCAAUGGUGAAAUCUUGAGAUUACACUCAGAUAUGCAACAGAGGUGGGAUUCGUUGAAAGAUCAAAUGAACGAAUUGGACACAACACUUGAAGAACUCCAGUCAGAUCGCAGAAACCAGCAGCUCAGAGAUUCAAUCUCGAGUAUGGUUUCGAAUGAUCGCUCAACCAUUGGAAGCUUGAACAAUGAUACACCAGGAAGUUCGCCAGCAUCCUCAGUGAUUAUGUCAAAUUUAAGUAGCAAACUUGACCCAACAACACCCGCAAGGAAUGGAAAGAUACGUUCCAAUGGCAGAAGUAGUGUGGCUGGAUCAAGAAGAAAUUUAAGUGCUGGACAACCUCCUCGAUCUUUUAGUCGAGCUUCCCCAUCCCCCAUCCCUCCCCGACAAAGCUCUGCAACCCCAACUGGUCGACUCCCCCGACCUUCCAAUACACCCAGUGACAAUCGACCUCGAUGGAAUACCAGCACUAAUACCAGUGAUAUACUUAUUGGCCAUGGUUUCAAACCUCUUAGUGUCACAACACCAAGUUCCACCCAAUCGAAUCGGUCUACUAGGUCCAAUACAUCUGAUUCCAAGAUACCAUUACGAAGCCCACUGGGUCGCGGAAAUACAGCCUCUCCAGUCAUACGAGAACCUACAACUCCUUCAGGCAAUAGACCGGCUUCACGAACAGUACGACGUGACCUCUCUACCCCUGGGCCAUACUCUCAACAUACACUAUCAGUUAAUUCACCUUCCCGUCCCCGUGUUCUGGCUAGCAAGUCUUCCAUGUCCAAUCUGACAGGCAAUAACCGUCGCUCCUCGAUGCAACCUUCAUUUUCAUAUGAAGCCAGAGCUAGCAGCCCGGUGGUUCGAAGACCUGCUAGCUCGUUAGCUACCAGCAGAAGGAUAAGCCUUCUUCCCACCCCACGAGGCAGAAACUCGGAAAUGGCUGGCAGGGAUAGUCCCGCACCAAACAGAGGUAGCAGCACAUCCACAACUGAUAGCAAAGGUAAUUCCAAGAAGCAAUGGAGACCAUAA